AACUUCCGGGUGAAGUUCCGACGUGAGGCUGCAGGAAGAGGGAGGAGAACUUCCGGUGGACGCACCCCCACCCCCACCCCCAGGUGCCUGGCCGGACCUCAUCCGCAAACUUUGUCGAUUGCUUCUGUCUGGCUAGUGGCGGGCCCACUCCGGUCGACUGCUCGGGUCUGGCCUGUCCCUGAGCGCGGGAAAAUGAGUUUCCUCCGGCUGGGCGGCCCGCGCUUGCCGCGAGACUCCGAGGGUCCUGCCCGGCCUCCCGCUCCUCCGGGUUCCACUUGAAUCACCCGAAAGGAGGCGGACGGGGUCGGGCCGCCGCCAUGUCCGAGGCGUAUUUCCGGGUGGAGUCGGGCGCGCUUGGACCCGAGGAGAACUUUCUCUCCUUGGACGACAUCUUGAUGUCCCACGAGAAGCUGCCUGUGCGCACGGAGACGCCGAUGCCGCGCCUGGGCGCCUUCUUCCCGGAGUGGGGCGCGGGCAGCGGGCCGGACCAGGCGCUGCCGCAGGGCUCAAAGCUUGAACUCCCCCUGUGGCUGGCGAAAGGACUAUUUGACCAUAAGCGGCGCAUCCUCUCUGUGGAGCUCCCCAAGAUCUACCAACAGGGUUGGAGGACUGUGUUCAGUGCGGACGCCAAUGUGGUGGACCUCCACAAGAUGGGGCCCCGUUUCUAUGGGUUUGGCUGCCAGCUCCUCCAUUUUGACAGUCCAGAGAAUGUGGAUAUAUCCCAGUCUCUGCUGCAGACAUUCAUUGGCCGUUUUCGCCGCAUCAUGGAUUCCUCUCAGAACGCUUACAACGAAGACACUUCAGCCCUCGUGGCCAGGCUGGAUGAGAUGGAGAGGGGCUUAUUUCAAACUGGGCAAAAAGGACUGAAUGACUUUCAGUGUUGGGAGAAGGGACAGGCUUCCCAGAUCACAGCUUCCAACCUUGUUCAGAAUUACAAGAAGAGAAAGUUCACUGACACGGAAGACUGAAGGAAAUUCUGGGACAUUAUUGCAUAGACAGCCUCUGACCAUUUAAUGGAAAUCCAUGUAAGGAAACCCAAAACUCUUCUGAGUGAAGAGGAAAGCCAGGCUGAGUAAGAAAAGCAAGCGCUCCUCGGGACCUGCAGGAUGGCCAGUGGCGGGUUUCUCCACGCCCUCGCUCCCCUCCCAGCACCUCAGAAGUGACAAAAUUACCUCUGUGUUGGAAAUUAUAGAAGUCUUUGGGUUCCCAAAUUGUACAGAUGUCUUGAUGUAACCUAGAUGACAGAAAGCUUCGGAAAAUGCCUAUUUUAACAUGAAAUUAUUUUUACAAUUUGAUUUUAGUACCAAAUGAUCAGCUUUGCUUAUGAGUGCGUUCUGUACCAGCACUAUUUUUGUGAUUCUGGUACUGCAGAUGAUCAGCAAAGUCAUCAGCGAAUUUUGUCUUUGAUUGUAUUUGACAGUAAUGCCCAAAUAAACUCAUGUUUUAGCAAUU